CGCAGGCGGGUCUGCGCGUGGCUGCAGCCGGGCCACACGACUAGCUGCUUGAUGGAGCGGGGCAGAGCGCGGCGGACAGCGGCACUGGGCCUGGCGCUGCGGCUGCUGUUCGGCCUCGGAGUAGGCCUGGAGGCUGCCCCGACCCAACUCCCGACCCGGUCCUUGGCCCAGGCCCCAGGCUCGUGCCCUCCUGCCUUUUUCCAAUGCCGUAUCAAUGGCUUUUGUGUGCCACUUACCUGGCGCUGUGACAGCGACUGGGACUGUUACGACCGCAGUGACGAGGAGGAGUGCAGGAUUGAGCCGUGUGCCCAGAAUGGGCAAUGCUUGCCAACCCCUGGCAAUCCUUGCUCCUGUGAUGGCACCAGUGACUGUCGUGGUGGCACUGAUGAGAGGCUCCAGAACUGCAGCCACCCAGCCUGCCCAGCAGGAGAGCAGCGUUGCUUACAGGGUGACACCUGUAUCCCCCACACGUGGCACUGUGAUGGCCACUCAGACUGUCCUGACUCCAGUGAUGAGCUUGGCUGUGGAACCAAUAAGACCUUCCAGAAAGAGAAUACUACAAUCUUGGGGACCUCUGUGACCACGGAGAGUGUCACCUCUCUCAGAAAUGCCACAGUCUGCUCCAUCAGGGACCAUUCUGGAAACCCAAGUGCCUAUGGGGUUAUUGCAGGUGCUGUGAUGCUGAGUGCAAGCCUGCUUGCCACCACCCUCUUGGUGCUGUCCCGGCUCCGAGCCCAGGAGCGCCUGUUGCUGCCCCUGAGAUUGCUGGUGGCUGUGAAGGAGUCUCUGCUGCUGUCAGAAAACUUCACUGGUCUGAGGACAAGCACUUGCUACCAUGUCAUCCCAGUCCUAGUGCAGCCAGGCGAGGGGAGAGCAGAUACGGGAUAUGUGUGUACACAAGUGUCAACACACCAGCCCUCUGAGACCUGGGCUCUUCUUGCCCCAUGGAACCUCAAACCCUGCUCUUAUAAAUGUGACCCUGGAGGUUGGCGGUCCUCAGACACUCCGCCUGGACUUGGGGAGCUUGGAUGGGAAACAAACCACAGCCAGAACAAAAGGGCUGGCCUCAAGCUACUCCCAGGGGAUGGGACGGCCCUGUGCUCAGACACCCCGGCUGCCCCUAUCUAA